AUGGCGGACUCACUGCAGCUAGUCAAGCGGGGUCCCUUCCGCUUUGUGCGGUCGCGGGCCCGCAAGGCCUGGCACCAGCUUAUUCUUAGCCGCCGGCUCCGCUGCCGGCCCGGGCCCUUUCGCUGGUGCGGCCGGCGGCGACUGCGACGGCGGCUGCUGCGGGCUCAGGCAGCAGGCGUGGACUGGAGGGAGGGCGGCUGCCAGGUGUCUGGUGCGGCGGCGGAGGUAGCAACCCGGGGGCUCAAGGCCAAGUUCUCCCGCCCCAAGACCUCGUUGCCCCGCCCCGCCCCGGCCGCGACCUCCCGCCCCGCCCCAGCCGCGACCCCCGCCCCCUCUCGGGCCCCGGCGGUCCCCACGUCUCCCCGCAUCCCGCCUCCGCUGCUUGCGGGCCCCGGCCGCGCGGUGAUGCUGCUGCCGAUUGAGAAGUCUUUUGUUUUUGGUGGAAUCUGUCGUGUGACUUGCCUCUAUGGCCGAGUACAAGUAUUUGGAUUUACCAUCAGCCAAGGCCAGCCUGCCUAUGAGGUCUUCUCUGCUUAUACCAACUCCCUCCUGAGUAUCACUGCAGUCCAUUACCCGAUGCCUGAGAAAAGCAAGAAGGAGAUGAAGAGGGAAGCUCGCCGUUUGCUCAGAGCUCAUCUGAUGCAGGGUGACAGAUGUAAGCUGAUGAAGAAUUUUUCUCCUCUGUGUUCCAUUGUGAUGCUAGAACAUCUUAAAACAUCACCUACAGAGUUUAUAAUCAGCCAUCUGGGCUUAUCUUACGUCUUUUUACAAGAGACUCCCACUUCCCGCUAUAGCCCUGAAUAUUUAACUUUAAAGUCUGUUGGCAUCAUGAGAAGCAAGAGAAAAAAUGGCCUUCAGUUAAGUGACAGUGUCAUUUCAGCAGUGGAUGAAUUGGUCAGUGUUUCCUGUGAAGAAAUAGAUGGCUGCCCUGUCAUUUUGGUUUGUGGAUGCCAGGACAUUGGAAAAUCAACCUUUAAUAGAUACCUCAUUAACCAGUUGUUAAAUUGUAUUCCCUGUAUUGACUAUUUGGAAUGUGAUCUGGGACAGACAGAAUUUACUCCUCCUGGCUGUAUUUCUCUGUUCAAUAUUACGGAACCAGUUCUGGGUCCACCUUUCACCCACCAGAGGACACCACAGAAAAUGGUUUAUUAUGGGAAGACAACUUGUAAAGACAACUAUGAACAUUACAUUGAGAUCAUAAAGUACGUGUUCAACUCUUACAAGAGAGAGUCUCCUCUCAUCAUCAACACGAUGGGAUGGGUGACAGACAACGGGCUCUUACUUCUCAUCGAUCUCAUCCGACUGCUCUCGCCCAGCCAUGUUGUCCAGUUCAGCUCUGGCCGAAGUAAAUACAUGCCGAACCUCACCCCAGAUUAUGUGGAUGACAUUGAUGGCUUGUACACGAAAAGCAGGCCCAAGAUGAGAAAUAGAGGUUUCAACCUUCCAGAAGCAGAAAAUUUGGAAUUUAUUGACGAAGAAAGAGGGAGUCCAGUUGUGUUUUCUGGUCACAAACUGAUGUGCGUUCGAUCAGAGUUUACAUUUAGAAAAACUCCAAGAAAUAGAGAAUCGCAUAACAGAGUUCUUCGUGAAUUGGCAGUCUUGGGUUACCUUGGCAAGCUGCAGCCCCCAGAUCCAAAGUUAGUUUCUCCUAUACAAGACCUGACGCCCUACCAGGUCCCCUUCAAUGCAGUUGCACUACGGAUUAUGCACGCAGAUGUCGCCCCUACCCACAUCUUGUAUGCUGUGAACGCCAGCUGGGUCGGCCUCUGCAGGAUCCAGGAUGACGUCAGAGGCUACGUGAAUGGGCCCAUCUUACUGGCCCAGACUCCCCUUUGUGACUGCGUGGGGUUCGGGAUCUGCCGAGGGAUUGACAUGGAGAAGAGGCUUUACCACAUCCUCACCCCGGUGCCCCCGCAAGAGCUGAGAAAUGUGAACUGUCUGCUGAUUGGAGCUGUUUCCAUCCCACAUUGUGUCUUCAAGAGCCAGCGUGGGCCUGAAGGAAUGAUACCUUACAUCACAACAGAUUAUAAUUUUAGCCUUCCUGGAGCACGAGACAAAGUUGGAGCAAGAGACUCUGAGCAAACCGAUGAGGAGAAAAAAUACCUGAGAUCCAAACUGUUUAGAAAAAUUAACCUGUAUUAA